AGCGGCCUGCGCCACAGUCUUCGCCUGGAGUUGCCGUGGUUUCCUGCUUCAACAGUGCUUGGACGGAACCCGGCGCUCAUUCCCCCGUCCCGCCGGCUGCUCAGGGCUAGCCUUCCGCCACCUCCUCACAGCGCCUGCCGACCGCCCUGAGGUUCCCGCCACCGCAACAGCGCCGCCGCCGCCGCCUCUCCUUAGCCGCCCACCAUGACGUCCGCGACCUCCUCGCAGGUGCGCCAGAACUACCACCAGGACUCCGAGGCCGCCAUCAACCGCCAGAUCAACCUGGAGCUCUACGCCUCCUAUGUCUACCUGUCCAUGUCUUACUACUUUGACCGCGAUGAUGUCGCUUUGAAGAACUUUGCCAAAUAUUUUCUUCACCAAUCUCAUGAGGAGAGGGAACAUGCUGAGAAACUGAUGAAGCUGCAGAACCAGCGAGGCGGCCGAAUCUUCCUUCAGGAUGUCAAGAAACCAGACCGUGACGACUGGGAGAAUGGACUGAAUGCAAUGGAAUGUGCGUUACACUUGGAAAAAAGUGUGAAUCAGUCACUGCUGGAUUUGCACAAACUGGCCACUGACAAAAACGAUGCCCAUUUGUGUGACUUCAUUGAGACUCAUUACCUGAACGAGCAGGUGAAAUCCAUCAAAGAAUUGGGUGACUACAUUACCAACUUACGCAAGAUGGGGGCCCCUGAAUCUGGCAUGGCAGAGUAUCUCUUUGACAAGCACACCCUGGGAGACAGUAAUGAGAGCUAAGCCUUUGGCCGGCUUCCAGUAGCCACGGGGGUGACUUCCUGGUCACCAGAGCAGUACGUGCAUGUUAGGGUUACCUUUAUCUUUCUAUAAGUUGUACCAAAUCAUCUAUUUACGUUCUUUCGUUUGUACCAUUUCUUCAAAUAAAGUAAUUUGGUACCCA